AUGUAUGCAUGCAUGUAUGUACUGUAUUACUGUAUGUAUGUACUGUGUGUACUGUAUGUAUGUACUGUAUGUAUGUACUGUGUGUACUGUAUGUAUGUACUGUGUGUAUGUACUGGUAUGUAUGUACUGGUAUGUAUGUACUGGUAUGUAUGUACUGGUAUGUAUGUACUGGAAUGUAUGUACUGGAAUGUAUGUACUGGUAUGUAUGUACUGGUAUGUAUGUACUGUGUGUAUAUACAGGUAUGUAUGUACUGUAUGUGUUGUGUGUAUGUACUGUAUGUAUGUAAUGUGUGUGUGUGUGUACUGUGUGUAUGUAUGUACAGGUAUGUAUGUACUGUGUGUAUGUACAGGUAUGUAUGUACUGUAUGUAUGUACUGUAUGUGUUGUGUGUAUGUACUGUAUGUAUGUACUGUGUGUGUGUGUACUGCGUGUAUGUAUGUACAGGUAUGUAUGUACUGGAUGUAUGUACUGGAUGUAUGUACAGGUAUGUAAUGUAUGUAUGUACUGGUAUGUAUGUAUGUACUGGAUGUAUGUACAGGUAUGUAUGUAUGUACUGGUAUGUAUGUACUGGUGUGUAUGUACUGGAUGUAUGUACUGGAUGUAUGUACUGGAUGUAUGUACUGGUAUGUAUGUACUGGUAUGUAUGUACUGUAUGUACUGUAUGUAUGUACUCUAUGUAUGUACUAUGUACUGGAUGUAUGUACUGUAUGUAUGUACAGGUAUGUAUGUAUGUACUGUAUGUAUGUACUGUAUGUAUGUACUGGUAUGUAUGUAUGUACUGUAUGUAUGUACUGUAUGUACUGGAUGUAUGUACAGGUAUUUGUGUACUGUAUGUAUGUACUGUAUGUACUGGAUGUAUGUACUGUAUGUAUGUACUGUAUGUAUGUACAGGUAUGUGUGUCAGAAGUGCAAUGUUCUUGCCAUUCCCUCUUUAGUGUUGUGUCCUGAUUCUAAAUGCACCCAGGUGCUCUUUCCUUCUGUCUAUUAGGUACAUUGCCUUGGGAGUUGAGCUUGGUGAUAUUGACACGGUCUAUAUGCUAAUUAUUAUGAACGUUUUGCGCGUUUCGCCUUUAGCCGGAACUCUAUACUGCUGCCUGUCACUCCAGCUACACCUGUGAUUUGAGAUGAAGUGAAUCUAAUCGAGGGCUGUGGGCGUGAGUGUACAUAGUGACGACAACAACAGGGUCGUUGUUUUUUGCAUCGCUGCAAUUUAUCAUAUGUGAUUGUCCUGGUCUCUGUGUUGAAGAUAUCCAUUUAUCAUAUGUGAUUGUCCUGGUCUCUGUGUUGAAGGUACCAUUUAUCAUAUGUGAUUGUCCUGGUCUCUGUGUUGAAGGUACCAUUUAUCAUAUGUGAUUGUCCUGGUCUCUGUGUUGAAGGUACCAUUUAUCAUAUGUGAUUGUCCUGGUCUCUGUGUUGAAGGUACCAUUUAUCAUAUGUGAUUGUCCUGGUCUCUGUGUUGAAGAUACCAUUUAUCAUAUGUGAUUGUCCUGGUCUCUGUGUUGAAGGUACCAUUUAUUGAAGGUUUAUUCGAUGUCUGUACUGUUCUGCAUAUUUCUGAAGCCUCUUUCAUACCCGGUGCUAACGUGCCAGUUGUCCGUCCUGAUGUUGUCCACAUUCUGAUUGUGCUCACAUUUUUAGAAGGUUAUAGAAAAUAUGCAUUGUGAUCUGAUUGGGAUCAGAUUUUACAAGUGUAAACAGGACAAGAUAAGGAUACAUGUUAGAACCAGGUAUAAAUGGGGAAAAAGCAUGUCAAACCUGUACUGAAUGCAACUGUUAUUGUGUAAAUAUGUACCAAUAUAUAAAUAUGUUUGUUUUUCUUUGCAUGCUUUUUCUACACCAAGACAUAAUCAAAUAAUUAAAAAUAUCAGAAUAAUUUAA